AAUAGGCAAUGUUACAUACACAUUCGUAAGAAAACCUUUUAAGUUUUUUAUAAUAAUGAAUCAGAUCCUUACCUAAAAGGUUUUGUAUCAUUAUGUUUAGAUUCAUCUCUUAUCCAAACCAAAAUAUUUUAGGCACUUAAGGAACAUCUUCCAAGAGUUUUAAGAUUUCUACCUGUAUUUCUCAUAGUUUUUAAAUAUACUUCAUGAUUCAAACUGUUAAAAUAGGAAACUUCGCUCUUUUCAACUUUUAUAGCCACAUUUAGAUUCAUAAAUUAAGAUCGACCCAAAUAUACUUUUCCAAAUGAACCUUCUGAUAAUAAACUCAAAAUUUGAUAAUCCAUUGCAAUAAUAUCUCCAGAUUUAAAAUCCUUCAUCACUAAACAAUUAUAUUUAAUUAUUUAACUUUAUCAAUUUUUUAAGUAUUGAAGCACUGAUUUAUUUUAAGUUUAAAAAAAAACUGUAAAAACAUUCUUUUAUUUGA